GCUGCAACUCUCCCUUUGCUGGAGGGAGCUCGUUACUUUUCGGGGCUGUAUUUUGCAAACCUGGGUCACUUACACGUCGGAACGGGCUGUUCCUCUGGAAUGCUAGUAUUUUGCUUAGCAGCUUGCAGCCGCACGAGAAACGAGCUAGCCGGUUUUGAGGAUGCCAGAGGGCCCAGAGCUAUUUUUAACCAGCCAGUACAUCAACAACAUGUGUGGCGGGCUCAUCUUCUCCGGACGAGUGGAGAAAUCGCAGGUGAGCAAGAAUUCAGAUGUGCCCUUUGAGAGCGAGGAAUAUCUGAUCUCUGCCACGUCGCGGGGCAAAGAGUUGAAGCUGACAUUGACGCCGGUCAAAUGGGGAAAUUCCCCCUCUUGCAAAGAGCAGGACUGUGGCUCACAGGGCCCGAAGGGAGGCCAAGAGCCAAUGGGUCUUAUCUUCCGCUUUGGGAUGUCCGGCAGCUUCAAGAUGACUCUAGCGGCUGAGAUCCCAAAGCACGCACACUUGCGCUUUUACACCAAGGAGAGCCCACCCCGAGCUCUCUGUUUCGUGGACGUCCGGCGCUUCGGCGGGUGGGAGGUGGAUGGCUCGUGGCAACCAAACCGUGGACCGUGUGUAAUGCUGGAGUACGAGAAAUUCAGGGAGAACGUACUGAAGAAUCUCUCGGAUAAAGCUUUCAACAGGCCCAUCUGUGAGGCUCUUUUGAACCAGAAGUUUUUCAACGGUAUUGGCAACUACCUGAGGGCUGAAAUCCUCUACAGGUUAAAAAUCCCACCCUUUGAGGAGGCACGGACUGUUUUGGAGAGCUUGCAACAUCGGGAGCAGAGCUCCGCCACGACACUCAGCAAAAAGGUGAAGCUCAAACGGGAGAAUCCGGACUUGCUGGAGCUCUGCCACAUGGUGCCUAUGGAGGUUGUUCGUCAGGAUGGCAAGGGAUACAAUCCCGACAGCUCUGCCGAUUCCGCAGCCUUUGAAGAGUGGCUUCAGUGCUACUCCGUUCCUGGCAUGAAUUCCCUCUGUGAUGCCAACGGAAGGACAAUCUGGUUCCAGGGGGAACCUGGACCGCUGGCCCCAAAAGGAGGAAAGCAGCGCAAAAAGCGGUCGAAAACAAAAGCGGACCCGGAGGGAUCAAGUCCCAAGGUAACGAAGUCAGGGGCUAGAAAGAACUUGAAGACCGGCACUUAUCAGGAAGCUGCUGAUGGAACACGAGGAAGGAAGAAGAAGGGCAAACCUGCCCAAGAAAAGACAGAGGACGCUGGGGGAACCAGUGCCAGGAACCCAAACACCAGGGCUAGGAGAAAGGCCAUUGCCUCACAGGAAUCUCCUGCAGUUGUCUCCGUGGCUGAAUCUCGAAAAAGGCGAUCCUCUGCUCGGAAGGACACAGCCACAGCUGCAGCUGCUCCUAGAUCCAGACGGGUGAAGGUCAAAUAGACAUCCUGCUAACAAAGCUGUCCUCUUCGGAAGUUCCAACCUGGGGAACGAAUGCCGCGAUUCAUUGCUAAUGCAGUUUGAUUAGGGAAGUCCCUAUUUGAGACAAGUGAGUUAUGAAAAAUGCCUACUGAUUCAAGGAAACCCGCCGAAUGAAUCUGGGACCAACUGACUAUAAAAGAUAUAUUGUUGAAGGCUUUCAGGGCCGGAGAAUGAUGGUUGUUGUGGAUUUUCCAGGCUGUAUAGCCGUGGUCUUGGCAUUGUAG